UAAAUUUGUAGUAAACAAUUGCCAAUUAGUUAUACAAUUGUAAAUUGUUAUAACUUUUAAACAAUUACAAAUACAGAAAUAAUUUUUUUUGUCAUGCAGAAUGAUUUGAUUUACAUUCUUUAACUCUACCACUCUUUGACAGUAAUAAUAGUAAACAUUAAAAAUAUACACUUGUGUAUAAUUUAAUCUCACUAAAUAGUAGUUUAAAUUGGAAAAAAUUCAGCCAUGUUUACAUGAUUAACAUUCGAAAACAUUUAUGAUGGACGUAUAUCACGCACCGCAAUACUUACCCGACUUGGUGUUGGACAUAAUAUUUUCAAAUCUGGAACUGCCCGACUUGUUUAGCUGCAUGUUGGUCUGUCAAAAUUGGUAUCGAGUAAUUAAUGAUGGCAGAGCCGAGCCAUGGAAAUUGAUGUGUCGCCGUAAGAUACCCAAAGACUUGCUGAAGUCUGAACUUUUGUCACAACUCCACAACUAUAAAGAUAAGUUACGGGCUUUAUAUCAUUCAUGGAACCCAGACGAUUGUUCCAUGCACAUUGUCGUUAAACAAAAUGGUUUCACAUUGCAUCGCAAUCCAGUCGCCCAGAGUACAGAUUUGGCACGAACUAAAAUUGGUUACAACAACGGUAAACACGUUUGGGAAAUUACAUGGACUGGACCACUAGGUACAGUUGCAAUGGUUGGCGUGUCAACAAAAGAGGCUCCAGUGCAUUGUAGUGGUUACUUACCUCUGUUGGGUAUUGACAAGCAUAGUUGGGGUUGGAACUUAAUCGAUAACGUUUUAUUACACAAUGGAGUAUCACAUGGAAACUAUCCCUUGUUAAACAAUGCUCCUAAGUACCAAAUUGGUGAAAAAUUACAAUUAGUACUAGAUUCUGAAAACGGUAUUUUGCACUUUGAAAAAUGCAAUGAAUUUUUAGGUAUAGCUUUUAAAAAUUUACCUAAAACUAAAUUAUAUCCUUCAGUGUCAGCUGUUUAUGGUAAUACGGAAAUAUCAGUAGUAUAUAUUGGUAAGCCUCUAUAUGGUUAAGUAAACAUAGUUUUUGUUGAAAAUUCAAUCUCAUAGAAUAUAAAAUACUGUUUAACAUAAGGUUUAAAUUCCUUUGUUUUGUCAUUUUAGUUCAACAAUAUCAUACAUUUCCUGUUAUAGCUAAUAAUAUUUGGUAUGGACAUUAAUCAUACAAGUGAUAAUUUAUUUAAAAAAAUAUUUUAAGUAUUUGAAGCUCUUUUGAUAGUGGUUAGGGUGAUGAUGUUUACACAUUGAAAUAUUUAGUUCAAGUAUUUGUUGAUAAUUAUAUUCAAUUGUAUUACAAAAAUAAUAAGUUAUUUAAAAUUCAUAAUUAAAAACAACAAAUAAAUAUCUUUUUUUGUUUAAAUGAUAAAUUUAUAUUUUGCUUACCAAGGAUGGCAAACUUUUUUCAGGUCACAUGCUAAAAUUUUAUAAUCUGUUUAAAAAAUUAGUACAAGUUAAAUUAUGUUAAAAAUACUAUUUUCUACUUUCUAGGAUGAUCUCCUCAAGCCUCAAUAAAUAUCUCCCAUAGAUAGAAAUGUUCAAACAUAAAGUAUUUAUGACCGUUUUUUUAUUAUUUCUUUAAUGUUGCAUCAUAAAUUUACAACUACAUUUAGCGGGGUAGCUAUCAUAUGGUAAAAUGGGACCUGCAAACCAGUGAAAUAAUAAAGAAUUUUUUUAACUAUUUUUUAUUAAAUACAAUAUUUAACAAAGAAAGAAAAAAUAUGUGAUAUGUGUUUGUCACCCCCUGUCAUAUACUAUCUUUUUUAUCGUUUUAAUAUUAGAUAUUUUAUUGCUGGUAAUUCCAUUUCAAAAAAAUGUUCAUACCAAAAAUUAAUAUCUAGCAUAGUAAAAUUAUAUCAUAAUAAUUUGUUGGAUAAUUUUGUCCAAGACCUAUUAAAUUAUUUUGAGGAUUAAUUAUUAAGUUGUUUGAUAUACUUGGUAGCUUUUACAUACAUUAAUUGACACUCUUUAAACUUUAUCUUUUUAAUAAUUACAAUAGGUGCACAAUUUUUUAGAACAAUAACAAUAAUUAUUAAUAUUAGUUACUAAAAUUACUUAAGAAUUAUAUAUUCAUGUGGUUAUGUAGAUAUUGUGAGGGGCGAACCUAGCGCCCCAUACAUCCCCACAAUACUUAUCCUCCUUUUUUUAUUUCUAUUUGAGGGUAAUGAGUAUUUUUUUCAUAAUAAGUUUUAACUUAUAAAAUAAAAAAACAUUUUGACAGCUUAAUGAUGAAAUAGCUCCAACAAGUUGUCCUGGAUCAAUUUUAAUAGUGGCUAAACUUCAAACUUUGCCCCCCUUCCCAAAUAAAAUCA